AUGUGGAUUCACAUCAGAACACAAACUUCCCUGUGGGCCAAAUUCAUGUAUGGCAUUAAAUGCAAGAGCCAGCACCCAUCCCUAAUUUCCAAGAAGCUGGGGGACUCCAGAAUCUGGACUAAUAUGCUGAAAAUCAGAGAGAUAGCUGAAGACAUGUAUACAAGGGAUUUGGGGAAUGGCAAAGUGAGCUUUUGGCUUGACAACUGGUGCCCAAAUGACUGGCUUGGGCCCUCCCCUUCAGACUUUAACCCUCAACUCUCAGUCUGUGACCUCUGGGAUGGGGACUCGUGGGAUGUUCCUAAGCUCCAAUCCAUUCUACAGGAGCCUCACCUAUCUCAAGUCACUAAGACUGUGUUUGAUAAUGGCAAAAAAGAUAGGAUCAUAUGUCACAGCUACACUAACCAAAGCUUGACUAAAGCUAUAUAUGCUAAUUUAAGUGAAUGGGAUAAGGUCAAUUGGGGUGAAGCCAUUUGGAACAGAUUUCUAUCCCCUUCCAUAUCCUUCUUCUGUUGGAGAUUCUUCAACAACCUCCUGCCAACUGAUGAUAUUCUUAAACUUAAGGGAUUAAGAGGACCCUCUAGAAGCUAUCUCUGUCUGAAAUCUGAAGAGAAUAAUAACCACCUAUUUUUAAAUUGUGAGUUUGCUCAAGAUGUGUGGAAAGAACUCCUUACUAAGAUUAAAGGUGAGAACUUGGAUAAGGACUGGUCUAGUCUUAAAGCUGGUUGGCAUAGCUGGAAAAUGGCCAAUGAUGCUCUUGAAGAUGAGCUCAUUGCUGUUUACUGGGCCCUUAGAUUUGCACAGAAAGUAACAUGGCAGAAAGUGUGGAUUGAGGUAGACUCUUUACAGCUGAUCACCUUGCUUACCACUGAUCAGCUAUCCUCUUGGCAUCAUAUGCAAUGGAAGCAGAAAACUGACAAACUUUACAAGAAGUUCAAAGUCCAAAUGUCUUUCAUAUACAGAGAAGGAAACCAACCUGCUAAUUGGUCUGUUGACUUGGAAGUUUGUGUUGGUGUUGUUGAUCUCAUCGGUCAACGCUAA